UGUCACGGUCAUGUAAAUCAGUAUCCACUUAACAACACACACCGACGUUUCAAUAACAUUGAUAACAAGUCUCUUAUCAAUAAAAGACCGUUCUCAACCAAGUCUGGUUAAUAUAACCGAAGAAUAAAACUUUGUAAUUAUCAUGAACAAGUGCGAAGACAUGGAGGCCGUGGAAAUUCUUAAGCCGGAUGAUAUAUUGAGCAACAGACUCGACAAAUUGACCAAGCAUUUCGUGUCACGGUUUAACAACAAACCGCAGUUUUUCACAAGAGUACCUGGCCGUGUUAAUUUAAUUGGAGACCAUGUCGACUACUGCGGAUUCCCAGUAUGCCCGAUGGCAAUUGAGCAAGACGUACUUUUGGCGGUUGGCAAGGCGGACUCGGGGCUCCAUUUGACCAAUCUCGAGACUGAAAAAUACUCCGACUAUGAUUGUGACUCCCUGAUUAAUUGCGGGGAAGUUUUAACGAAGUCAAAGGAGCCUCAUUGGUAUAAAUAUUUCAUAUGUGGAGUCGUCGGAGCUUUGGAGGAGAUUACGGAGGACAAAUGUCAGGGUAUUAACGUCGCUGUCUGGGGAAACAUUCCACCGGCGUCGGGUUUAUCGAGCUCCAGUGCAGUUGUAUCAUCUGCAGUGCUCGCUAUGACUCAUGCGUUUGGAUAUACAAUGUCAAAAAAAGAUCUAGCGUUGUUAAGUGCCCGAGCGGAAAGACACAUCGGUACUGAAGGCGGUGCGAUGGACCAAGCGAUAGCGUUCCUCGCAAAACCAGGUGCUGCUAAGCUGAUCGAGUUCAACCCGCUGAGAACGACAGAUGUGAAGCUGCCGGUUGACGCGGUCUUCGUAAUCGCAAACAGCCUGGCGGAGUGCAACAAAGCCGCGACGUCUGAGUUCAACACUCGCGUCCGCGAAUGCAAGUCAGCUGCGCAAAUAAUCGCGAAAGAAAAGCUCGAAAAGUGGGAUGCAGUGAAGACGAUCGGCGAACUCCAGAAAGAGCUCGGGACUUCGCUGCCCGAGACCUUGGAGAUUGCUAAAAAAGUCCUCCUGGAGUACCCGACUUUGUACAAGCGCAUCAAGCAUGUCCUCAGCGAGGCUGAGAGAGUUCUCGAAUUUAAAAGUAUCUGUCAGAGUUCUGACGACGACCAGCUGACCCGCUUGGGAAAGUUAAUGAAUGAAAGUCACGAGAGCCUCCGCGAUCUCUAUCAAUGCAGCCAUAAGUCCGUGGAUCUGCUGGUGGAGAUGGCUCUAGAGUGCGGAGCCUUGGGAGCAAGAAUUACUGGCGCCGGAUGGGGAGGCUGCGUUGUCGCCUUGACGACCAAAGAUAAAGUAGAGUCCUUUGUGAACGACCUGAAGCAACGACAGAGAACUUUCAACGGCGGAGUCAGAGCUAACUCCGUAGAAAACGCGAUUUUUAUUACCGAACCUCGCGCCGGAGCUGCUAUUUAUGAAACUCGUUUAUAAAUUUAUUAAUUAUCAAAUUUAUAUAUUUUUAUUAUACUUCUAAAAGUAAAUUAUAUGCUCAAUUA